AUGUCAACAAUACUUUCAUCAUCAUCAUCAUCGACAAUUUCCAAUCGCUUAACAAUUAUCGCGAAUGACAAUGCCGAUGAAGAAGAUCAAUUAAAUCGAAUUAAUCUUCAAGCACUACAAAAUCGUGAUCCGUACAUUACAAAGAUCAUCGAUCAAGCGCAACGCGUCUGUGUUUAUAAAUUUCUUGCCGAUAAACGCGAAUGGGAACGAAAAGAUCUCGAAGGCACAUUAUUUGUCUACGAAAGGACGUGUGAACCCUACCAUGGCUUUGUUAUACUAAGUACUGUGUCACGAGAAACGUUCGUACAAGUGAUCAAAGCAUCCAUGGAAUUCAAACAUUCGCCUAAUUAUGAAGCAUUUCUUCAGUAUAAAGUUGAUGUUGGAGAUAUCUAUGGCAUUUGGUUUAUUUCGAAAACCGAUUGUCCGCGGGUGACCGAAUGUUUGAAACGGUUGACAAUUAAAGCUAAAGAAAUGGAACAAUCGAACGAUAAUUCAUCUUUGUCGAUCAGUUCCGGCUCAUCAGAUAUAUUUUCUCUUCUAAACAAUGCCAAAGAAAAAUUUCAAGAAACAAAACGUAAACAAGAUUCAGUCGUUAUCGAUCCGGCAACAUCGAUGCCAGCUGCACUAUUACGUCUAUUUUCAACACAGGACACAGUAACACCGGGAACGAAUAAUGACGAACGCGAACAAGAACUGAAGAAAACGUUGGGAAUCGUAGGAAAGCCAGCAUUGAGUGUAACCGAACUGGAAAAGAAACUAUUUCAUCCACCUUCAUCAACCAUAGAAACAACGAAAUCAAUAGUAAAUACCCAUUCUCUGGACAAUCUUGUCAAACCUGUACCAAUUCUAAAUAAAGCCGCCAUGCCAGUCCAACCUCAUCUGACAUCACCGACUACGACUGAUUGGACACUGUCAAAUCAAAGGCUCAACAACGGAUUCGAUGCUCAUUCCAAUACUCAUGGUCGUCUAAUGACACCAUCAGAAUUUCAAACUAUUCACCCGAUUCAAUCACCAGUUCUCAUUGCUCCUAGCCAAAUCGCAUCCAGUCCAUCAUCGUAUUGCCAUUGUCAAAAUUCAUCGAAUUCAUCAACAGAUCGUUUUUCAAAAGAUGCACUUCGAAAACUUCUAGUCGAUAUGCUUCAAAAUGACGAAGAAUUCUUGACUGGACUACACAAUGCAUAUGUAGAAAAACAAAAUAGUCUCCAUCGAAUUUUCUCCUGA